AUGAGCAUCAUUGGUCAUUUGAAUUCAUCCUCGGAAGGUGGCAAUGCAACAGAAGAAGAGAAAAAGCCCUCUCCCGAUAAAAUAUCCCAGACGGCCAAUGGCAUUUCUAUCAAAGAUUUUUUCGAUCUGAGCAAACCUUGGGUGCUAGUUCCCGAUGGGUCGUUUUCGGGCUUCUUUAACUUUAUUCCCGCCACUUAUCGACAAGGCCCAUGGAGUCCAGUAGCGACAAUUGCAAUCAUUGUGAUUAUAUCCUUUUUGAGUGGUGGUAUUUUGUCCUUUUUGAAUGGCGAUUUCUUGCAAUACUUUCAGGAAGAUCAGCAUGGUCAUGAAUACGUUGCCUUUACUCAAGAGUGGUACAUGGCGUUGUUAUGCUUUAGUUGGACUGCAUUUCUAUGUUGGCAUAUUUUGAAUUAUAGUGCUGUUGGUGCAGGAGCAUGGGUUACCUUUACUGUGUGGUCGUGGACUUGCAUAGUGGUUCGAAGUGGACUGGCCGUCAUGGCACCCUUUGUGCCAGGAGCACGGCUUCCAAUGGAUAUGUUGAGAUUCCCAACCAUGCUGUCUGCGAGUUUGACAUUCUUCCUUUGGAACUUUGUACUGUUCCCAAUCAUUCUUGUAUUCAUCAAGGAUCCCGAAAAGAAAAAGAAGUUCAUCGGCUACAUGACCAAUUUCCGGCUGACGCAGUUGCAUGUCUGCAAUAUAUUCAUUGCCUCCUAUGUUACGAUAUAUGUAGGUCCAAGAAGACAACUUCAUACUGGAGACGCAGUUGCAGCUGCAACCAUGGUGGUUAUAUAUGUUUUGGUUUAUUACUUGAUCUUGGACCGAAUUGGCGUUCACUUGUAUCCAAUCUUUUCCCCACGAACACCCGCUGUCGUCAUUUCCUAUGCCCUCUUCUUUGCCAUGUGUCAUGGUGGAUUUCAAGGAUGGCAAAAAGUGUUGGAGGUGUGCUACAAAGAACCAAUACAGUAG